CCCAACUUCACUUCUUACAACCACUAUCACUCUACCAACAACAAGAAGAAUCACCAUCCAACUUACUAGUACAGCCCCUAACAGCACGAUGACACAAAAAAUUACAUCUCCAACUAUCACUCCAAAGCUGGCCACAACUGAAAUUACUCUUGAGCCAACCAGAACUACAGUUCUAACCACCAGUACUACCCUACCCACUACUCACACAACUGCAUCUUCAUCUACAAGUACUACCCAACCAACUACAGGUCCAUUUACCACUGUCACACUACCCGUUACGACAGCUAAAACUAGCUCACAGCCACUGACAACUUUAACUUCCACUACUACCCAACUAAGAACUACAGUUCCAACCACUACUAUUCAACCAUCAAUGACUAUAACUCCAACUACCACUACUGCGACAUCUCCAGCUACUACAAAUUCAGUUCCAAGUACUACUACAAUACAGCCAAUAACUACAGCUUCCAGUCCUACCCAACUGGCAAAUACAUCAUUGACAAUCACUACUACCCCAUCCCCAACUACUAAAAUUACAGGUCCAAGUACAACUACUACCCAGUCAGCAAUGACUACAGCUGAAACUACUACUGGGCUAAACAGAACUUCUUCUGCAUCUACAACUACCAAUGAACCUAUAUCUACAGUUCAAACUACUACUGCUACCCUACCCACAAUUCAAUUCCCAUCAAGGUCUACAACCCAAUUAACAACUAGAAUGAUAACUACACAAACAUCUUCAACGACAAUAUGCAGAGAUCCUCCUACGAGAUUGGAAGGUUUCCUCAUAUUGUACUUCAACAUACGUCAAGAAUUUACUCAAGACUACAAGAACAGUAGUUCUGCGAAAUAUAAAUCAUUGGAAAAUUCUAUUAAUACUCAGUUGUAUAAUUUGUACAAAGGAUUAUACUUCUCAGACUUCCUAAGGUGCAUCGUCAUACAUUUCUGGCCUGGUUCAAUAGGAGUAACAACCAAUUUGGUCUUCCAAAGUUACUCUGUCCUUCCUAAUAUUACUACUGUGGUGGACGAACUACAGGAAGCCAUUAACAACUCAGCAGUCUCUUUAGAUAUUAUUCUAAAUAGCAUUUAUGCAGAACUACCAAACAUCACUAACAGCACAACUACCACAGAAGCUCCGAAUACCAGCCUGGCCCAACCAAAGACAAAUACACCUACAAUAAGCAGUACUGCUGAGAUGUCCUCAGCUCCAACUACUAUACAUGAAUUCACAACUACGGCUGCCACCACCAUGCCGUCUACAAGUACAACCGCUGCUCAACCCACAACUUCAGCUCCAGUAACCAGCUUCAGCAGUACUCCAACUGUACCUCUAACGUCAUCUAUGACAGAAACAGCAACAAAUCAGCAACAGUAAGGACCACAACCGAAGUAAUGAUGACCACAGCUCCAACUACCACUUCUGCC